UCGAAACAGCAUCUUCUUUAUCAUUCCCUUCGGUGUUGCCUUCGUCGAUGGCAACGGGCAGCCAUGGUGAAAAAUGAUGCAUGCGCUUAGAAAACAUUCAUCAAUAUUGGCAAAAAUGAAAAUAUUUUUGCCACUAGUGGUGUGGAUCAUACUUCUCUUUCGAACGGCAAACUCACAGAUAUCCGCGUCACGGAAGCACGUCGGAAUCUUCGGCCUGAAGCACGAAGUGUUUUUUCUCAACCUCGAGGAUGGCUACUUCGGGUGUCAGGUCAACGAAUCCACCGACUACCUGCAGCUGUACGAGCUGUCCAAACUUUGUGAUGGAACAUCGGACUGCUAUAUGGGCUCCGAUGAGCUUAGAAAUAAGUUAAAAUGUACAAACGAUUGUGAUAAAGACGGCACAGCGUGCUCGAACGGAGUGUGCUUAGACGGCCUCUGCCACUGCAAUGAUGGGUUUGGAGGUUGCAACUGCCAAGUUCCGGAUGAAAACGAGUGUAAAUACCGACCCUGUGACGUUUUCGCCCACUGUACAAAUACCCUUGGUAGCUUCACCUGUACGUGCUUUCCUGGUUACCAAGGCGAUGGUCUUCACUGCGAAGAUAUCGACGAGUGCCAGGAUCCGGCCAUCGCCCAGCGAUGCGUGGAAAAUGCCGAGUGUUGCAACUUACCAGCGCACUUUGUGUGCAAAUGCAAACCAGGCUUCGAGGGCGACGGUGAAGAACGAUGUACAGAUGUGAACGAGUGUGUGGAUCCGCAAGCGUGUGGCCUGAACGCGGAGUGCGUGAACCUCCCGGGCAACUACACCUGCCAGUGCCGGGAGGGCUACUACGGCGAUCCGUACAAUGGGUGCGUCGAUGUGGACGAGUGCGUUCAGCCCGGCGUUUGCGGACCAGGUGCCAUAUGUACGAACCUUGAGGGCGGUCAUCGCUGCGACUGCCCGCAAGGAUUCGACGGGGAUGCACGCUCGGCUCAGGGUUGCGUGGACUACGACGAGUGCGCACGGUCACCGUGCGGACGGAACGCGCUCUGCCGGAACAUGGUCGGUAGCUUCCGGUGCGAAUGCCAGCAAGGAUUCUCCGGCGACGCAAUGACGGACUGUCAAGACGUUGACGAGUGCUCCGGUAGCCCGUGUGGCGACGGUGCCCUCUGCACCAACACGCCGGGCGGCUAUCGCUGCAGCUGCCCAGCGGGGCUGACCGAAACGGACCACGGCCGGUGCACGGACAUCAACGAGUGCGCCAAGGCCAACGCUUGCGGAGAGAACGCCAAGUGCAUCAACUUCCCGGGCUCCUACAAAUGCUUGUGUCCGCAGGGAUACGAAGGACGCGGUGAACUGUUCUGCAAAAAUGUAAACGAAUGCCUAGAUAAUCCAUGCGGGGCGAAUGCGCUAUGCACGGACACGGUGGGUAGCUUUAUAUGCUCAUGCAAACCAGAGUACACGGGCGACCCGUUCCGGGGGUGCGUCGAUAUCGACGAGUGCGCGGCGUUCGAGAAGCCGUGCGGCGAGCACGCGGUCUGCGAGAACGCGGUGCCGGGCUAUAACUGCCUGUGCCCGCAGGGGUACGUGGGCCGCCCGAACGGGCGGGUGGCCUGCGAGCAGGCGGACGUGAACGUGCUGUGCAGCACCGGGUUCGACUGCACCAACAACGCCGAGUGCAUCGAGGGUCAGUGCUUCUGCCGGGACGGGUUCGAGCCGCAGGGUUCGGUGUGCGCGGACAUCGACGAGUGCCGCUCGUCGUCGGCGGCAGCCGGCGACGUUUGCGGCCCGUCCGCCGUCUGCGUGAACAUGCCCGGCUCGUACCGGUGCGAGUGCGAGGCCGGCUUCGUGGGGACACCACCGCGCAUCCACUGCAAGUCCCCGUGCGCCGACGUCAAGUGUGGCCCGAAGGCGUACUGCAAGGCCGAGGGCCAGGAAGCGUUCUGUAUCUGCGAGGAGGGCUGGACGUUCAAUCCGGCCGACAUCGGAGCGGGCUGUGUCGACGUGGACGAGUGCGACCGGGCACACGGACCGAACGGGCGCUGCGGAACGGGAGCCCGCUGUACGAACCAUCCCGGAAGCUACAGCUGUACCUGUCCGGCCGGAUUCACGGGCGAUGCUACGCGCGCCUGCCAGGACGUGGACGAGUGCAGCCGGGUCGGGGCGUGCGGAGUGAACGCGUUGUGCAAGAACCUGGAAGGAUCGCACGAGUGUAGCUGUCCGGCCGGCUCGGUGCCGGAUCCGGACCCGAGCGUGCGCUGCAUCAGCGUGGUCGCCUGUGCCCGGGACGCGGACUGCCCGGGGAACGCGGUGUGCGAUUCGCACCGGCGGUGCCUCUGCCCCGAGCCAAACGUGGGCAACGACUGUCGGCAUCCGUGCGAGACGAUCACCUGCGGACCGAACGCCCACUGUAUGCUGGUGGCCGGCGGAGGAGCCCAGUGUCUGUGCAGCGAGGGAUACACCGGCCAACCGGGCCAGUGUGUGGACAUCAACGAGUGCGGGGCGAAUCCGUGCCCACCGGGGGCCGUCUGUACGAACCUUCCCGGCGGCUACACCUGCCAGUGCCCGGGCGGAAGCUCCGGCGAUCCGUACUCGGGCGGGUGCUCCAAAUCGGCACUCCAGACACCGGCCUGCAGCGACACCGCGGCACCGUGCCCGGCGGGCGAGAAGUGCGUCCAGGAUGUGUACAGUGGGAACAGUGUGUGCAUCUGCGGCCAAGGCUAUCGGCGGGACGCGAAGGGCGUUUGUCGCGACGUGGACGAGUGCUCCGACAGCCAGCGGGCGGCGGCGUGCGGCGUGAACGCGGUGUGCAAGAACUUGCCGGGGAGCUACGAGUGCCAGUGCCCGGCCGGGUUCAACGGCAACCCGUACCAGUCGUGCGACGAGUGCCACAGCGCCGAGUGCCGGUGUGCGGCUCCGUACAAGCUGGUCGAGGGUAACUGCGUGCUGGACAGCUGCGCCGCGGACGGCAAGUGUCCGGGCGGUGCCGAGUGUAUCUCGAUCACCGGUGGCGUCAGCUACUGUGCCUGUCCGAAGGGCUUCCGGACGCAACCGAACGGACACUGCGAGGACAUCGACGAGUGUGCCGAGGGUCAGGCGCAGGCGUGCGGGUACGACGCGAUCUGCCGGAACACGAUCGGGGGCCACGAGUGUCGGUGUCCGCACGGUUACUCGGGCGAUCCGUACCACGGACUGUGCACGCUCGCCCAGAAACGCUGCACCGGAGACCGGGAGUGCGGUGCGAACGAGAAGUGCAUCCAACCCGGCGAGUGCGUCUGUCCGCCGCCGUACUAUCUGGACGCGUACGAUGGCAACCGGUGCAAGAGCCCCUGCGAGCGGUUCCCGUGCGGUAUCAAUGCGCGCUGUACACCGUCCGAUCCGCCCCAGUGCCUGUGCGAGGCUGGCUUCACCGGCGAUCCGCUUACGGGGUGCUCCGACGAGGACGAGUGCAUCAACAGUCCAUGCGCCUACGGUGCCCAGUGUGUGAACCAGCGGGGCGGCUACAAGUGCAUCUGUCCGGGAGGCAUGGUCGGCGAUCCGUACAAGGGCGGCUGCAUCCUGGAGCAGGGCUCGGUCAAGAGCCAGUGCCACCGGAACGAGGAUUGCGCCGAAACGCUCGCCUGCGAACGUGGAACGUGCGUCAGCCCGUGCGCCAGCUUGCUGUGCGGGGCCAACGCUUUCUGCGAGCCGGAGAAACAUGCCGCCUGGUGCCGCUGUCGGGCCGGCUUCGUCGAGGGGCGGAACGGUGAUUGUGUGUCCCAGUGCGACGGGUUCAUGUGUGGCCAGCGGGCGAUGUGCAUUGUGUCCAGUGCCGGACCGACGUGCAAGUGUCCGCCGGGCGAGAUGGGUAAUCCGUUCCCGGGUGGCUCCUGCAUCACGGACCAGUGCUCAGCCAGCAGACCGUGCGCCGAUCCGCAGGUGUGCAUCAGUGGCCGCUGCAAACACAAGUGCGACAGCGUGAUCUGUGGUGUCGGUGCGACCUGUGACGGGGCCAGCGGAAAGUGCGUCUGCGAACCGUACUUUGUCGGCAAUCCGGAACUCAUCUGCAUGCCACCGGUCUCUUCACCUGCCUGCGAACCGAGCUGUGGCCAGAAUGCGCACUGCGAGUACGGUGUGGUGCAGAACGUGUGCGUGUGCAAUCCGGGCAGCACCGGGAAUCCGUACGGUUUGUGCGAGCCGCAGCAGCGCAACAUGUGCGCCCGGAUGCGCUGCGGAACGGGCGCCGAGUGCCGCGAGACACUAACGUCGGCCGAGUGCGUCUGCCCUGGCGGAUUCAGCGGCAAUCCUUAUGUGGCGUGCCGGGACGUGGACGAGUGCUCCGCCACGGGCGGCGUUUGCGGCGAGGGCGCCAUCUGCAUCAACACGGCCGGAAGCUUCGAUUGCCGAUGUCGACCCGGCUACGGUGGCAAUCCGUUCGUGAUGUGUUCGGCGAUCGAAAAGGGCGUCUGCGACAACCCGCGCCGCUGCCAGUGCGGCAAGGGCAAGGGUGGGCAGACAGGGCUCCAGUGCCCGCCAGGAUACGCCUGCGAGCGAGGCGCUUGCCGGGACCUGUGCGCUCGGACCGCUUGCGGACCACGGGCCGCCUGUGACGCGGGUCGAUGCUUGUGCCCGCCCGGCUACACCGGAAACCCGCAGGACCGAGCGGUAGGCUGCGUGGCCGAAGGCCAAUGCGAAAGUGACGCCGAAUGCGAGAGCUCCAAGAUUUGCUUCCAGGCCGGAGCGGGCCGGACACUGCGCCGAUGUGUGGACGCGUGCAGCAAGGUGCAGUGCGGACCGAAUGCACUUUGCGUGUCGUCGGAUCAUCGCAGCAGCUGUAUCUGCGCGUCCGGUUACGUCGGCAAUCCGGGUGAUCUGACGGUCGGUUGCCAGCAGGAAGCGAAACUGGUGGCCGAAUGCCACGACGACGGCGAGUGCCGGGCUGGCCAGGUGUGUGCGAUCACCGAGAAUGGGCUGCGCGGGUGCGCCAAUCCCUGCACGAUGGUCGAGUGUGGCGUGAACGAACUCUGCACGGUCGGGGCCGAGGACCGGAAGCCCCAGUGCCAGUGCGCACCCGGAUACCGCUGGAACCCGGUGUCGUCGGCGUGCGUCAAACCCUCGAUUCCGGACUGUGCGAGCGACGCGGACUGCCAUCAGGUGGCCGCCUGUCGUCAGGAUGCGGUCGGCGUGCUGAAGUGCGAAGCGGUGUGCGCCGAGUUCACGUGUCCGCCGCACUCGGUGUGCGUGUCGGCGAACCACCGGGGCAGCUGCCAGUGCCUGCCCGGAUACACCGGGAACCCGAACGAUCGGAACGGAUGUCGCCCGGAGCAACACGAUACCUGCCUGACGAGCGCCGAGUGCGCGGAAUCGGACCACUGCGUGACGAACGGCGCCGGUGGAGCGCUCGGGUGUCGCCCGGCAUGCGAAGGUGUCCAGUGUGGACCGUUCGCGGUGUGCGUCACCAACAACCAUCGGGCCCAGUGCCAGUGUCCGCCGGGUGCGUACACGGGUGACGCGUACGAUCUGGCCAAGGGCUGCCAGGCCGUGCCGUGCGUGUACAACCGUGACUGUCCGGCUCACCAGCUCUGCAACCGGAUGACUCACGGCUGCGUGGACGUGUGCCAGGACGACACUUGUGGCGCCAAUGCGGUGUGCAUCGCCGAGAACCACCGAUCCGUCUGCCAGUGUCCACCCGGUUACCGGGCGAAUCCGAUCGCUGACGUCGAGUGUACGCAGCUAAAGUCAUGCGAGCCGAAUCCAUGCCAUCCGUCGGCCAGCUGUGAACCGGGUCCGGACGGGUACGUUUGCCGGUGUCCGGUCGGACAGAUCGGAAACCCACUGACCGGAUGCCGCGCGGAAGGCGACUGCCCGAACGGCGACGUUCAGUGUCCGGAUGGUACGGCCUGCGCCGGUGGCAAGUGUGUGGACCCGUGCGUCAACGCGUGCGGCAUCAACUCGCAGUGCGCCGUCGUGAACCGGACGCCCGUCUGUAGCUGCAAGCCCAAGUUCGUGCCCGGCGGAACCGGUUCGGCGAGGGAUGGCUGUGUGCGCGCCAGCUCCGGCUGUCUGAGCGAUCUGGACUGCAACGGAGACGUUUGCCACGGGGGCCAGUGUUUGGUGGCGUGCCGCAACGCGAAGGAUUGCUCGGCGGGUGAACAGUGCACGGGCAACGUGUGUGCCGUUCCGUGCUCGGACCACAGUCAGUGCGGCGAACGGCAGGCAUGUCUUCCCGGGGCGGGUGUGUGCGGACUCGGGUGCCGAAGCAGCCGGGACUGUGGAAGCUCCCAGGCCUGCAUCGAGUUCCGGUGCGAGGAUCCGUGCGAAACCGGUAGUGGAGCUUGCGGACCGAACGCCCUGUGUCGGAGCGUCGAUCACGUACCGCGCUGCUCGUGCCCGGCCGGCUUCGAAGGUAACCCGUCGCCGGAGCAGGGCUGCGUGCGGGUGCCGGCCAGCUGCGAAACAUCGGACCAGUGCGCCGCCCCAGGCCACGUGUGCGUCGCCAACCAGUGCAGCCUGCCGUGUUCGUCGGAGACGGGUGCGACGGGCGGAGCGUGUGCCGUGGGCGAGCGGUGCCACCAGGACGUCUGCGCCAAGGUGUGCUACACCAACAACAACUGUUUGCCGGGUGAGGUGUGCAGCGAGGCGGGUGUUUGCGUGCCAGGAUGCGCCACCGAUGCCGAUUGCCCGUCGCAGCGUGUCUGCCAGGCGGGCCGAUGCCGCUGCAUGAAGGGCUUCAUCGGGACGCCGCUCGGGUGCGAGGACAUCGACGAGUGCUCCCGCAGCCCGUGCCACGCGACGGCCGUCUGCGAGAACAUCCCCGGCUCGUACCGUUGCCAGUGUCCGGAGGGAUCCGUCGGCGAUGCCUUUGCCAAUCCGGGCUGUCGGAAGCCGACGCAGUGCCGCCAGGAUGGCGAGUGCGCCGGGGAACUGGCGUGCAUCGGGGGCAAGUGUCGCAAUCCGUGCAGCACCAAGCAGUGUGGCCUGAACGCCGAGUGUCAGGUGGUGGACCACCGGGCCGAGUGCUACUGUCCGGCCGGAUACCUCGGGGACGCGCAGGACCGCGACACGAUCGGGUGCUUCAAGGUGGAGUGCAUCGCCAACGAGGACUGCGGUGUGGAUCGCGCGUGCAGCGAGGACACGAACCGCUGCGUGAAUCCGUGCGAACAGCUCGCCUGUGGCCGGGGCACGUGCCAGAUUGUGAACCACGAGGCGAUCUGCGCCUGCCAUCAAGGAUACCGGGCCGCACCAGAGCGCGGUGGACGCUGCGAAGAUGUCGACGAGUGUGCCGAGGCCAACCCGUGCCACGAGAGCGCCCAGUGCGAGAACCUCCCCGGCACCCAUCUCUGCACGUGCCCGGGAGGGCGCGCCGGUGAUCCGAACCGCGAAGGACCAGGCUGCAAGGCGGCGGUGGCCGCGGACCAGAACGAGUGUUUGGCCAGCGAGGACUGCCCGGCGGGAGCGCAAUGCGUGACGGGGCGCUGUCAGAAUCCGUGCCGUGGAGAGGGUGUGUGCGGCGAGAAUGCCCGCUGUACGCCGGUGGGCGACGGUCGGCCACACUGCGAGUGCCCGCCCGGGACUCGGGGCGAUCCGAAGAAGGCCUGCCGGAAGGUGGAAUGUUCCGGGGCGGACGAAUGCGACGGAAGCCGCACCUGCAUCGGCUUCAAGUGCGUCGACCCGUGCGGACUGAAGAGUGCGUGCGGGGCGAGUGCGGACUGCGUGGCUAAGAAUCAUCUGGCCGUUUGCUCUUGUCGCGCCGGAACCACCGGAAACCCGCUACUGGGCUGUGUGCCGCUUCAGUACUGCCAAAGCGAUGGACAGUGUCCGACCGGGACGAAGUGUACCGGUGGGGUGUGCUGUUCCCUGUGCGCCACGAACCGCGACUGCAUCGACGAUCAGCUGUGCAUCCAGGGCGUCUGCCAGCCGACGUGCCGCUCCAACACGACCUGUCCCGACUUCCAGUACUGCCACAACGGGAUCUGCACGCAAGAGUUCAAGUGCCGCACCGACGCGGACUGCGACGAGGACGAGCUGUGCAUGGCGGACUCCAAUGGGCGGUCCGAGUGCCGGAAUGCGUGCGCCGCCGGGCGGACGCUGUGCGGCCGGAACGCGGACUGUGUCGCGCGCCAGCACGCGUCCGUGUGCGAGUGUAAGCAGGGCUUCUUCCGUGAUGCCGGUGGCAUCUGUAGGCGGAUUGAGUGCAGCGCCGACGAGGACUGCUCGUCGGACAAGCUGUGCGAGGGGCACGCGUGCAAGAUCGCUUGUCUGGCCGGAGCCGGAACCGGAACGCCCUGCGGCGCGAAUGCACUCUGCUCGGCUGAGAACCAUCGCCAGGUGUGCUACUGUCAACCGGGCUUUACCGGCGAUCCGAAGGUGGGCUGUUCGCUGAUCGACUUUUGCCGCGAGCGGCCGUGCGGUGCGAACGCCAAGUGUCGCAAUAGCCGCGGUUCCUACCGCUGCUCGUGCCCGGCUGGCUUGGUGGGCGAUCCGUAUCAACCGGCCGGCUGUAAGAAAGCGUCCGAAUGCGACCACGACUCGGACUGUCCUGAGGCGGCCGAAUGUGUGCGUGAGCCGGACGGCGAGGCCAAGUGUCGGGAUGUGUGCGCCGGCGUAGCCUGUGGGCCGAACGCGGAGUGUGCGGGUCGGAGCCACCGGGCCAACUGCCGCUGUCGCCAGCGGUACGAGGGCAAUCCGAAGGAUCUCGAUCACGGCUGCAAACCGAAACCGAUGGCCUGCAAGCGCACCGGUGACUGCCCGGAAAACUCGUACUGCCACGGGCAGAUCUGCAAACCGGCUUGCUCCGAAACGGACGAAUGCGGCCAGGACCAGGUGUGCUCGAACGGCCAGUGCGUCAACCCGUGCCACGAACCGAACGCGUGCGGCAUGAACGCCGAGUGUCUGAUGGGUGCCCACGCGAAACAGUGUUCCUGUCCGGCGGGCUUCACCGGUGACCCGGCGUCCGAGUGUGUGCGAGUGCCCAUCUCUUGCGCUUCGAGUACCGAUUGUUUCGAUGGAAGCGUCUGCAAGGAGUCGAUGUGCUUGCCACGCUGUCGCGCCGAUCAGGAGUGCGCGUUGAACGAAAAGUGUCUCCAGGGCAGUUGCAUGCUGACCUGUCGAUUGGAUAACGAUUGCUUCCUGGGCCACAUCUGCCUGACCGGGCGGUGCGUGUACGGGUGCAAGGCGGACAGCGACUGUAGUGCGAGUGAAGCGUGCCGUGACAAUCGGUGCGUGAACCCGUGCAUGGACAAUCCGUGUGGUCCGAACGCGGCCUGUACGGUGGUGAACCAUCGCGCCAGCUGCUCCUGUUUCACCGGCAUGGUACCGAGCCCGACGGCGAAGGUGGGAUGUGUGCGUGCGCCUGCGCUGCAGUGCACCGAGAAUCGAAACUGUGCCGAUGGGACGUCGUGCAUCGGUGGCCUGUGCCGGCCGGUGUGCGCCGACGACCAGGGUUGCCUGAAGAACGAGCGAUGCGAGGCAGGAUCGUGUAAACCGAUCUGUCGCAAGGACGAUGACUGCCGGACGGGUGAAAUUUGUCAAGGCCAAACGUGUAUGAUCGGGUGCCGAUCGGAUGCAGGAUGUCCGGGAAGCUUGGCGUGCGUCGGGCAGCAGUGCGUCGAUCCGUGUCAGGAACCGACGGCCUGCGGCACGAACGCCGAGUGUGUGAUGGUCAACCACCAGAAGCAGUGUAGCUGUCCGGCGGGACUUGGAGGAGAUCCGUUCGGGCUGGGCUGCCGGCCCGAGACCCGACUGUGCACGGUGCGUUCCGACUGUCCGAAGGGGCACGCCUGCUACGGUGGAUCGUGCAUGCUGACGUGUCGCAGCGAUCAGAACUGUCUGGCGGAUGAGCGGUGCGUGCGGGGUACGUGCCGGACCGUGUGCAACAGUGACGCGUCGUGUGGCGGUGGGCUGAUCUGCGAGGGACGCAUCUGUCAGGCCGGGUGCCGGUCGGACAAUCAGUGCCCCAGCGAACAGGCGUGCAUCGGCAAGAAGUGUACCGAUCCGUGUACCACCUCCGGCCAGUGUGGUGCCUGCUCGGAGUGCAAGGUCAUCAGCCACGGUGUGCAGUGCAGCUGCCCGGCCGGUUACCUCGGGAAUCCGCUCCUGUCCUGUACGCCGCCCAUGGAGAAGUGCAACGGCCAGUGUAGCUGCGACGAAGAAGGACUGUACUGCGUGAAGAACUGCCGAAACCAGAAGGACUGCGGAUGCGGACAGACGUGCCAGCGUGGCAAGUGCCGGGCGAAGUGUAACCCCGGAACCUGCCCAGCCGGACUGCUCUGCCAGAAUGGCGCUUGUGUGGCUGGGUGUCGCUCGAACGUCGACUGCCCUGCCGAACGGUCGUGCACCAAUGGCAAGUGCGUGGAUCCGUGUGCCAAUGGGAAGGCUUGCGGCAAGGGGGCCCUCUGCCAGGUGUCAGACCAUCGGUCGUUGUGCCUCUGCCCGGACGGCUACCAGGGAGAUCCGGCGGUUGGCUGCGUGCAGUACGAGUGCCAGACGAACGACGACUGCGAACUGGACAAGCGCUGCGCCAAGGGCAAAUGCAUCAACCCGUGUCUGAUUCCGGGGGCGUGUGGCUUGAACGCCCAGUGCCGUGUCGUCGACCGGCAGGCACAGUGCUCCUGCACGCCCGGCUUUUUCGGUAACGCGCGCCAAGAGUGCCAGCCGGUGCAGAAGAACGCCUGCGCGCAGAACCCGUGCGGCGACAACACCGUGUGCCGGGAGGAUGAGCACGGUUUCGAGUGUUCCUGCGAGCCGGGCUGUGUUGGCGAUCCGCGACAGGGCUGCGUGUGCGAAGACAAGCUGGAGAAGAAAGACUGCGACCAGUAUGCCUGCGGCACGAAUGCCGUCUGCCGGAUGACCGAUUGGGGCGCACCGUCGUGCGUUUGUCUUCCGACACACCCGCACGGUGAUCCGUACAUGCUCUGCACCCAAGAGGACGGCGCCACCGACUGCCGGACGAACGGCUGCACCGUGGGUGAGUGCGUCCGGGAUGGGGCCAAGUUUAUCUGCCGCAAAGACGAAUCCUGCGCGAACGAUUUGCAAUGUGCCACUGAAAAGGCUUGCAUCGGAGGCAAGUGCUCCGAUCCGUGCUCGCUGCGCGGUGCCUGCGGCGACAAUGCCCUGUGCCAGACGGUGCAGCACCGACCGCGAUGCUCGUGCCCGAGCUGCUACACCGGCCGCCCGAACGUCGAGUGCAAACCGGACCCCAAGUGCGAAGAGGUGGCCACCCCGAGACCGAACGAUCCCAAGAUCGUGUCGGUUGCGUGCGAAACCGAUGGCGAUUGCCACGAGAGCCUGCGCUGCGACGCCAGCGGCCAGUGCAGCGAUCCGUGCACGGUGCCGGCCCCGUUUGCCUGUGAGUCGAACAAGAAGUGUGCCGUGCGCCGGCACCGACCCGGCUGCGUUUGCGCGCACGGUUUCAUCGUGAACGACAGUGGCGAGCUGGUGUGCGCCCCGGAGAAGCGCGAGUGCCUCGGGGACGACGGGUGCGCCUCCAAUAUGGCGUGCCUCGAGGGCCGCUGCCUGAACCCAUGCUUUGCCACCGGUAAGCGGGGGGCCCCCUGCCCGGACGAUAAGGCGUGCGUCGUGAUGGACCACAGGCCGACGUGCGUGUGCAUGAAGGACUGCAGCCCAUCGCUGUCGAUCUGCCUGCGCGACAGUGGCUGUCCGGACGGGUUGGCCUGCCGCAACUACCAGUGCGUCAAUCCGUGCGAGACCACCACUUGUGCCGACGACACGCCAUGCUAUGUCGAAGACCAUAAACCAAUCUGUAAAUUCUGCCCACCCGGAUUCAUAAAAGACUUACGGCAAGGAUGUUUGAAAGAGCUUGGAUGUCGCCAUAGCAAUGAGUGCCCACCGGAGAGGUCGUGCAUCAACGGAGUGUGCGUCGAUCCGUGCCGAUCGGGCAAUCCUUGCGAUGCCGAGGAAGAAUGCGAAGUGCAAAAUCAUGAAGCAGUUUGUGUGAAGCUGUGUCAAUGUACGAAGAGUUCUGAUUGCCUUUCGGGACAGCUUUGCGAUGGAUGCAAUUGCGUUCAGAAGGAUACCGACCGUACGACCGGCUGCGAGCACUGUCCGCCUGGAAUUCCGUGCGAUCCUAUCACUGGAGGGUGUGUAAAGGAGCCACCUGGAUCACCGAAAAUACCCGAGCCUUGCCAAUCGCAUAACGACUGCUUGGACGCGGAGGCCUGCUAUAUGGGUUUGUGCGAAAAUCCGUGCUUGUUCGAUGGGGUCUGCGCCCCGACGGCGACGUGCCAGCCGAAAAUGCACCGGCCAGUCUGCACGUGCCCCCGCGGGCACGAGGGUAAUCCGAGCAUCAAGUGCAGCGCCUUGCAGCCAAUACAAUGCACCACCCACGAUGAGUGUUCACUGACGGAGGCCUGUGUCGGUAACGUGUGCCAGCGGGCGUGCGAUGUGAAGAACCCCUGCACGGUCAACGCGGUCUGCAUCAACACAAACCACGGUGCCGAUUGCAGCUGCAUUGACGGCUAUCACGGGAACGGUUUUGUGCAGUGCGUACCAGGUAGUUCCGACAACCGAUAUUGAACCACCCCCACCCGUUUCCCAACAGUCAUUGCGCCCGGUUCGGUGUGUCAGUACAACGAAGAUUGUCCGCCGGAGAAGCUGUGUGACCGGUUGAACCGGGUAUGCAUCAAUCCGUGCCAGGGCGAGUCGUGCGGCGACAAUGCCGAGUGCUACGCGGUCAACCACGGCACCGAGUGCCGCUGCCAGCCCGGGUACACGGGGAACGCGUACGUCGAGUGCACGCAGCACCAGGGCUGUCUGACGGAUCGGCAGUGUAACGAUAACGAGGCGUGCCUCGGUGGCCGCUGCUCGUCGCCGUGUCAGUGCGGCCCGAAUGCGAUGUGCGACGUGAAGCGUCACAAGGCCGUCUGCCGGUGCCCGCCCGGAUACGGGGGCGACGCUCGCGUGGGCUGCAACCCGCCGUCCAACCCGUGCGAACCGAAUCCGUGCGGUGUCGGCGCGAUGUGCGAGGUGGAUCGCGGCAGCCCGGUAUGCUUCUGCCCCCGUGGACUCACCGGCAAUCCGUUCAAAAAUUGCAUACCCGAGGGAGACGAGUGUUUGCCGAAUCCGUGUGGUCCCAAUUCGGGCUGCCGGAAGAUCGGAGGCCAGCCGACCUGCUUCUGUUUGCCGGAGUACGAAGGAAAUCCGCCGCAUACGCCCUGCACACUGCCCCAGAACCCGUGCGUGCCGUCACCGUGCGGACCGAACACGCAGUGCAGCGUGCUGGGCAACGGGUACGCCAAGUGUACGUGUGUGCCCGGGUAUAUCGAGAGUCCGAACACGAUCCGUGGCUGCGUGGAGCCGACGAGCCCGUGCGAUCCGAAUCCGUGCGGGUUCGGCGCGGUGUGCGAUGCGUCCCGCAGCCCCGUUUGCUACUGUCCCGACCGGCUGAGUGGCAAUCCCUACCGUAGUUGUGUCGAGCCGGUGGUGACACCAGAACUCUGUCAACCGGGGCCGUGUGGGCCGAACGCAGACUGUUACGUGGCGGAAGGGCGCGAACAGUGCUACUGUAAGGCGAACUAUAUCGGCGAUCCGUACGGCGGGGGAUGCGUGGAGCAGCCCCGUUCGGUGUGCGAACCGAACCCAUGCGGACCGGGCGCCGAGUGUGUGUUGCUCGAGGACGGUUCGCCCGGCUGCCGGUGCCCACCGGGACUGAGCGGCGAUCCGACCACAUCCGGCUGCCACGCGUUCGAGUGCCUCACCGACGAUCAGUGUACCGCCGACCGGGCUUGCAUUGGACUGCGGUGCUCCGAUCCCUGUCCGGGAUCGUGCGGCGUAGGAGCGCACUGCCGGGUCGAAGGACACCAUCCGGUGUGCUUCUGCGAUGCUGGGUUGACCGGCAACCCGGCCAUCCAGUGUUACGCAGCAGACGAAAGACCCCGCGAUGCCUGCAAUCCGAGCCCGUGCGGUGCGAAUGCCAAGUGUACGACGCGCAGCAAGCGUCCGGUCUGCAAGUGUCUUCCCAACUACCAGGGCGAUCCGCGCAAGGGCUGCAAGCCAGAGUGCGACCUCAACUCGGAUUGUACACCGGACAAGUCGUGCGUCAACCAUCGCUGUGUCGCCCCGUGCACCCUCGGAACGGUCUGUGGCGUAAAUGCCGAGUGUAGCGUCAGCUAUCACACCCCGAUGUGUCGCUGUCCGUCCGGAUUCACCGGUGACGCGUUCGUGCAGUGCGUGCCGAUACCGGAGGAGCGCAACAUGACCCGCCAGCCUUGCUCUUCGGACCCGUGCGGCGCCGGAGAGGUUUGCUCGAUCUACGGUAACGAUGUGGCGCUGUGUGAUCCGUGCGUAGCACCCGAUGCCGUCCACAAUCCGCGCUGCCGACCGCAGUGUGUGCUCAACACCGACUGCCCGUUCAACCUGGCGUGUCUGCAGUCGCAGUGUCAGGACCCGUGCCCGGGUUCGUGCGGCUACAAUGCGCUCUGUUCCGUCGAACGGCACCGCCCGGUUUGCUACUGUCCGCCCGAGAUGCACGGCAACCCGUACGAGCAAUGUACACCGCGUGAAAGUCCUCGCGAGACGUGCGACAGCAUCCGGUGCGGUGCAAACACGCAGUGCAAGCAGCAGAACGGUGUGCUGGCGUGCGUUUGCAAGAAGAACUACUACGGCGACCCGCUGAUCGGCUGCCGGCCCGAGUGUGUGGUCAACACGGACUGUGCCCUAGGGAAGGCGUGCGUGAACACGCGGUGCGUCGACCCGUGCACGAACGCGUGCGGUGUAGGGGCGCAGUGCAAGGUGGUCAAUCACCUGCCAAUCUGCUACUGUCCGCCGACCCACACGGGCGAUGCGCUGGUGGCGUGUACCGAACGUAGCAUCCUACCCCCACCGGACAGUACACCGUGUGAUCCGAACCCGUGCGGACCGAACAGCAAGUGUCGCACGACACCGGACGGUUACGCGCUCUGUUCGUGCUUGCCCGGGUACCGUGGGGUUCCACCCGCCUGCCAGGCCGAGUGUAUGAUCAACGCGGAGUGCCCACAGAACCGAGCCUGCAUCAACCUGAAGUGUGCCGAUCCCUGCCCGGGAACGUGCGGUGUCGGGGCGCGCUGCGAGGUGCUGAACCACAACCCGAUCUGCAGCUGCGGUCCCAGCCAAGAGGGCGACCCGUUCGUGAUUUGCGCUCCGCGACAGAACGAACCCGGUCCACCGAUCGAACAGCGGAACCCGUGCGACCCAUCACCCUGCGGACCGAACUCACUGUGCCAGGUGCACGGCCGCCGACCGACGUGCUCCUGUCAGCCGAACUUUAUCGGAACACCCCCCGCAUGCCGACCGGAGUGCGUCCUCAGCUCGGAGUGCCCUCAGAACCGGGCGUGCAUCAACGAGCGGUGCCAGAAUCCGUGUGCGAACGCGUGCGGCGCCAACGCCGACUGUCAUAUCGUGGCCCACUCGGCUUUCUGCAGUUGCCGGGCCGGGUACGAGGGUGAUGCGUUCGUUGGCUGCUCGCUGGUACCGCGGGACGUUCCACCGCAUCGCGACGUCUGCUAUCCGAGUCCGUGCGCCGAGAAUGCCGUGUGCAGCGAGCACAAUGGAGCCGCCCGCUGCGCUUGCAUCUCACCGUACCGGGGCGAUCCGUACAAUACCGGCUGCCGGCCGGAGUGUGUGCUUAACUCGGACUGCCCGAGCCAGGCGGCGUGCGUCAACCAGCACUGCCGCGAUCCGUGCCCCGGGGUAUGCGGUGCCAACGCGGAGUGCACCGUGGCGAACCACAUCCCGGUGUGCGAGUGUGCCCGCGGGUACGUGGGCGACCCGUUCCGGGGUUGCCGGCGAGACCCCGUGCGGGACUUACCCGCCCGAAUCCCCACGGAUCCCUGCUCUCCGUCCCCGUGCGGUCCGUACAGUAUCUGCCGGGUGCUCGAUGGCCACCCGGUCUGCUCGUGCCAGAUCAGCUGUUCCGGUAUUCCGCCCAAUUGUCGCCCCGAGUGUCUGAUCAGUGGUGAGUGUCCUCGCGACAGGACCUGUCUCAACCAGCGGUGCAUCGACCCGUGUCCGGGUACGUGCGGUGCGAAUGCCCGGUGCCGCGUAGUCAACCACAACCCGAUAUGCAGUUGCCAGCCCGGCUUCACUGGUGAUCCGUUUGUUCAGUGCUCACCGGAGCCAAGUAAGACACAGUUCCCUUGGGUGGACCCGAACCCGUGUCAACCGUCACCGUGCGGUGUGAACGCGGCGUGCAGGGUCCACAAUGACCGGGCGGUCUGCUCCUGUUUGCCGAACUACGUCGGUCGGCCGCCCGCCUGUCGGCCGGAGUGUAGCGUCGACUCAGAGUGUCCCAUGGUCCGGGCGUGCAUCAACGAGCGGUGCCGCGAUCCGUGUGCUGGGUCGUGCGGGGUCAACACCGAGUGUGCGGUGGUCGCUCACAAACCCAUGUGCAGCUGCGCCGCCGGUCAUACCGGGGAUCCGUUCAGUGGAUGUUACGUCAUCCAGAUCUUCCACGAGGAACCGCCAAUGCCGUGCAAUCCCAGCCCGUGCGGGGCCAAUGCCGUCUGCAAGGAGCGCAACGGGGCGGGAUCGUGCACGUGUGCGCCGGAGUACUUUGGCGAUCCGUACGUCGGCUGUCGGCCCGAGUGCGUCAUGAACGGUGACUGCCCGCGGACGCGCGCCUGCGUCAACAACAAGUGUCGGGAUCCGUGCCCGGGUACGUGCGGGUUUGCCGCCGAGUGUCACGUGGUGAACCACUCGCCCAGCUGCUCCUGUCCACCCGGUUACGAGGGCAAUCCGUUCACCGAGUGUAAACCUCGACCCGAAAGUAAGAUCAUGCCCCCCACCCGUGAACCUCCCGUGGUGCAACCGUGCCAACCGUCACCCUGCGGUCCUAACAGUGUCUGCCGCGUUCUGAACAACCACGCGGUCUGUACCUGCAAACCGGAGUAUGUCGGUUCGCCGCCGUCCUGCCGACCGGAGUGUAUGGUCAGCUCGGAGUGUCCGCUGGACAAGGCGUGCGUCCGGAGCAAGUGCACGGACCCGUGUCCGGGUACGUGCGGUCUGAACGCCCGCUGUCAGGUGGUGAACCACAAUCCGAUCUGCAGCUGCAAGGCCGGCUUCACCGGCGAUCCGUUCGUGCGCUGUAUCCCAGAAGAACGUCGUCCCGUGGUGGAGGACACACCGGUUGAGCCGUGUGUUCCGUCGCCCUGUGGGCCGAACUCCCAGUGCAAAGCGGUCGGCCGAACGGCCGCUUGCUCCUGCCUGCCGAACUACGUCGGGCGGGCCCCGAACUGUCGCCCCGAGUGUACCGCCAACUCGCAGUGCACGCCGAUGCAGGCGUGCAUCAACGAGCGCUGCGCUGACCCGUGCCCCGGUUCCUGCGGUUCCAAUGCGUUCUGCUCGGUCCAGCACCACCAGCCCAGCUGCCGGUGUGUGGAAGGGAUGAACGGGGACCCCUACGUGUCGUGUGCUCCUAUCAUAAGUAAGCCUGCGGAGAUCGUGAACCCGUGCCAUCCGUCGCCGUGCGGCGUGAAUGCCGAGUGCAACGUGCGCAACAACGCCGGGUCGUGCACGUGUCUGAAGGACUACUUCGGUGAUCCGUACAGCGAGUGCCGGCCCGAGUGCGUCCUGAGCUCGGACUGCGCGAAAACGCGCGCCUGCCUGAACAACAAGUGCGUCGACCCGUGCCCCGGCAUGUGUGGCCCGAACGCGGAGUGCUUCGUGAUGAACCACUCGCCCUCCUGCUCGUGUCUGCCCGGAUACACCGGCAACCCGUCCCAAGGAUGCCGCGAGAUACCGAAACAUACGCCCUCGGAUCCCUGUAGACCUUCGCCCUGUGGUCCGUACAGUGCGUGUCGCACGGUUAACCGGCAUGCCGUGUGCUCCUGUCAGGGUGACUACAUUGGCACGCCGCCAGCUUGCCGGCCCGAGUGUACGGUUAGCUCCGACUGCUCACUGGACAAGGCGUGCAUCCGGCAGCGGUGCGUCGAUCCGUGCCCCGGCACGUGCGGUCUCGAUGCCCGGUGCCAGGUGCUGAAGCACAGCCCCAUCUGUAGCUGCCCGUCCGGCUUCACGGGCAAUCCAUUCGAGCGUUGUGUCCCGGAAGAAAGGCAAGUGGAGCAAGCGGUGGAACCCGUAGACCCCUGUCUUCCGUCCCCCUGCGGGCCCAACUCGCAGUGCCGCGUGGCGGUGGGCAGUGUCCCUGCCUGCUCCUGUCUGCCCAACUACAUCGGCCGCGCCCCGAACUGUCGGCCCGAGUGCACGAUCAAUGCGGAGUGCCCGGGCAGCCAGGCGUGCGUGAACGAGCGCUGCGCCGACCCGUGUCCGGGCUCGUGCGGACCGAACGCCGUCUGCCGGGUGAUCGAACACUCGCCCACCUGCUCCUGCCAGGCCGGAUACACCGGCGAUCCCUUUUCCGGGUGUACAGUCAUACCCUUAACAGUGGAUCGUGACGAGCCACGUAACCCAUGUAGUCCAUCACCGUGCGGAGCGAACGCCGUCUGCAAGGAGCGCAACGGGGCGGGAUCGUGCACGUGCGCGCCGGAGUACUUCGGCGAUCCGUACAGUGGCUGCCGGCCAGAGUGCGUCACCAACAGCGACUGUCCGCGGGUGCGCGCGUGCGUGAACAACCGCUGCCAGGAUCCGUGCCCGGGCGUCUGCGGCAUCGACGCCGAGUGCCACGUGGUGAACCACGCGCCCAGCUGCUCCUGUCGACCCGGCUUCACCGGCGACCCGUUCCGGCAGUGCCAACCGAAGCAAAACGAUCCUCCGCUCAACCCCUGCUCGCCGUCCCCGUGCGGACCGAACAGUGUGUGUCGGGAGGCGAACGGCCACGCGGUCUGCUCGUGCCAGGCCGGGUUCGUCAGUACGCCGCCGAGCUGCCGGCCGGAGUGUACCGUCAGCUCGGAGUGUCCGCUCGACAAGGCGUGCGUCGGGCAGCGGUGCGCGGACCCGUGUCCGGGCACGUGCGGCCUGAACGCCCGCUGUCAGGUGGUGAACCACAACCCGAUCUGCAGCUGCUCGCUCGGUUUCACCGGCGAUCCGUUUGUGCGCUGCGUGCCAGUCGAAAAAACGCCGGUGGUGCAGGAUCCGGUCGAUCCGUGCGUUCCGUCGCCCUGUGGACCAAACUCCGUCUGCCGAGCCGUCGGGGCGACGCCGGCCUGUUCGUGUUUGCCGAACUACGUCGGCCGCGCACCGAACUGCCGCCCGGAGUGCGUGCUGAACGCCGAGUGUCCGGCGACGCAGGCCUGCGUCAACGAGCGGUGUACUAAUCCCUGUGUAGGCUCUUGUGGUAUUAACGCACGGUGUACGGUGGUGAAGCACAGUCCGAUCUGCGAGUGCGAAGCCGGAUUCACCGGAGAUCCUUUCUCCGUCUGUACAGAAGAACCGCCCUGCAACGAACCGCUGGAACCGUGCAACCCGUCACCGUGCGGAGCGAAUGCGGUGUGCAAGGAGCGCGACGGAGCCGGCUCGUGUACCUGCCUGCCGGAGUACUUUGGCGACCCGUACACGGGCUGCCGGCCGGAGUGCGUGCAGAACACCGACUGCGAGCGAUCGCGGGCAUGCGUCAACAACCGCUGCGCGGAUCCUUGUCCGGGAGCGUGCGGGGUGAACGCCGAGUGUACGGUGCAGAACCACGGUCCGGUGUGUUACUGUCUCGAGGGCUACACCGGUGAUCCGACCGGCACCUGCACGCGGGCGGAGGUAGUGACCGAACGACCGAGGCAGCCCGGCUGUCAACCGUCGCCGUGCGGUCCGAACAGCCAGUGCCGCGAGGUGAACGGACAUCCGGUAUGCUCCUGUGCGGCCGGCCACAUCGGCACGCCGCCCAUGUGCCGACCGGAGUGCGUCGUCAGCUCGGAGUGCAGCCAAGAUCGGGCGUGCGUGAACCGGAAGUGCGUCGAUCCGUGCCCAGGAACGUGCGGCACCGAGGCCCGCUGUCAGGUGGUGAACCACAAUCCGAUCUGUAGCUGCUCGCCCGGCUUCACCGGUGAUCCGUUCGUGCGGUGCGUGAAGAAGGAGGAACCGAAAGAUGUGCCAGUGAGCGACCCAUGCAACCCGUCGCCGUGUGGCCCGAACUCCAACUGCCGUGCCGUCGGCGGUCAGCCGGCGUGCUCGUGUGCACCGAACUACAUCGGGCGGGCGCCCAACUGUCGACCGGAAUGCACCAGGGAUGCGGAGUGUUCCAGUAAUCUGGCCUGCCUGAACGAGCGAUGCGUAGACCCGUGUGCGGCCGGAUGCGGAUUGAACGCCGGUUGCCGGGUGAUCAACCACCGACCGGUCUGCACGUGCGACGAAGGGUUCGAAGGUAACCCGCUGGAGCAGUGUAGCCGCACCGUACCCCCGACCACCGAACGGUUAACACCGUGCACGCCUUCACCUUGUGGACCGAACGCCGAGUGCCGGGAGCGGAACAACGCCGGAGCAUGCUACUGCUUGGCCGGAUACGAAGGCAACCCGUACGACGUGUUUUCCGGCUGUCGGCGCGAGUGCGACGUCAGCGCGGACUGCUCGGACAAGCUGGCGUGCGUGGGGUACAAGUGUGUCGAUCCGUGUCCCGGCGUUUGCGGGGCGCAAGCGGUGUGUGAGGUGCGCAACCACGUACCGACGUGCGUCUGCCCGGAGGGGAUGGUCGGUGAUCCGUUCGCACGGUGUGAACAGUUGCGAAUGGACACCACGCCACCGCCGCCCGUUUGUGACAAGUAUACCUGCGGCCCGAACAGCAUCUGCCGCAUCCAGAACGAGGUGGCGGUUUGCAAGUGUCAACCGGACAUGGUCGGCAGCCCACCGAACUGCCGGCCCGAGUGCCAGCAGAACGGGGACUGUGAGGCGCAGCGUGCGUGCGUCAACUACAAGUGCAUCGACCCGUGCCCGGGCUCGUGCGGACAGAACGCGAACUGUAACAUCGUCAACCACAGCCCGAUCUGCAGCUGCGCCCCGGGAUACACCGGUGAUCCGUUUACGCGGUGCUACAAGGAGGUGUUGCCGGUCGUGACCACCGAAUCACCGCGCGCCCUCUGCACACCGUCGCCCUGCGGGCCGAACGCCGAGUGCAAGGUGGUCGGCGACCGGGAGGCCUGCUCGUGUCUACCCGGGUACAUCGGGGCGCCCCCGAGCUGUCGGCCGGAGUGCAUUCUGAGCACCGAGUGUGCGGAAAAUCAGGCGUGCAUCAGGCAAAAGUGUACCGACCCGUGCCCCGGCUCCUGUGGCUUGAACGCCAGAUGCUCGGUGGUGCGUCACACUCCUAGCUGCAGCUGCGAACCGGGAUACACCGGAGAUCCGUUCACCGGAUGCCAGCCCGUGAUCGACGAUACCCCGGUUUCAACCCCUUGCAAUCCUAGCCCGUGCGGGGCUAAUGCAUUGUGCCGAGAGCAAAACGGGGCUGGAUCAUGUACCUGUAUAGAGGAUCACUUUGGAAACCCCUACGAAGGAUGUCGUCCAGAAUGUGUUCUCAACUCGGAUUGCCCAUCGAACAGAGCUUGUCUUAGAAACAAAUGUCAGGAUCCGUGUCCGGGAACUUGUGGCCAAAAUACUGACUGUCAGGUGGUGAACCACUUGCCUUCAUGUACCUGCUUACCGGGUUAUACUGGAGAUCCAUUUGUACAGUGCCGACCACAGCAAUCGCCGGUCGUUACUAACCCGUGCAAUCCUUCGCCAUGUGGACCGAACAGUCAAUGUCGUGAAAUCAACGGACAGGCUGUGUGUUCCUGCUUGUCUGGAUACAUAGGCAGUCCGCCGGUCUGCCGCCCGGAGUGCACCGGCAAUUCUGAGUGCUCGCUGAUGCAAGCUUGCAUCAACUUCAAGUGCGCCGAUCCUUGCCCGGGUAGUUGUGGUUUUUCGGCCCGCUGCACGGUCGUGAACCACAAUCCCAUCUGCAGCUGCCCCUCCCGACUGACGGGUGAUCCGUUCGUUCGGUGCUACGAAAUCGUGGAAAAAUCACCCCCCCAAACCAUACCGGCCGACCCUUGUCAGCCUUCGCCCUGCGGACCGAAUGCUGUGUGCGCCGAUGCCAACGGUGUCCCGUCCUGUAGCUGCCAGCCGGAAAUGCUCGGUGCGCCCCCGAACUGUCGGCCCGAGUGCACGAUCAAUUCCGAUUGCUCGCGCGUCCUGGCAUGCUCCCGGCGAAAGUGCGUCGAUCCGUGCCAAAAUGCGUGCGGCAUCGAUGCCACUUGCCGCGUGGCAUCGCACGUUGCCAACUGUAUUUGCCCCGAAGGCUACGAGGGCGAUCCGUUCCGUGUUUGUACCGUAAGAAUAGCUGACCCUCCUCAGCGUCCGGAACCGAAAGAUCCGUGCUACCCGUCACCGUGCGGCACGAACGCCCGAUGUCGCCCGACCAGCGGUGAAAGCCCGGUCUGCGAGUGCAUCGAGAACUACUUCGGCAACCCGUAUGAGUCCUGCCGGCCGGAGUGCGUGAGCAACGGAGACUGCCAGAAGUCGCUGGCUUGCAUCAACAAUCGCUGCAAGGACCCGUGCCCGGGAGUGUGUGGCCGGAAUGCGGAGUGCGGCGUCGUGAACCAUACCCCCGUUUGCUCCUGUCCGGACGGCAUGAAGGGCAACGCGUUCGAGCAGUGUCUGCGUGAGGAAGUACCACGGCCUCCAUCCGAUCCAUGCUAUCCAUCGCCCUGCGGCCAGAACACGGUGUGUCGCGUGGCGAAUCAAAAUGCCGUUUGCGAGUGUCUGCCUGAGUUCCGUGGCAGCCCGUUCGGCCGAGGUUGCUACCCAGAGUGCGUGAUCAGCAGCGACUGCCCGCGGGACCGGACGUGCGUGAACAAGAAGUGCGUCGACCCGUGCCCGGGCGUGUGCGGCUAUCGGGCCGUGUGUCACGCGAUCAACAACAGCCCGGUGUGCUCGUGCCCGUCCAACAUGAUCGGCGAUCCGUUCGUCGAGUGCAAGGUGGCCCCACCGAAGGACCCGUGCAGUCCGUCGCCGUGUCGAACGAACGGUGUCUGCCGGGUGGUGGGCGAUCGGGCCGAAUGCCAGUACCCGGAGUGCAUCGUGAACGAGGACUGCUCGCCGGCCCGGGCCUGCUACAACCAGAAGUGCCAGGAUCCGUGCGUCGGUGCGUGCGGCGUAAACGCGCUGUGUAGCGUCAUAAACCACGCGCCGGUCUGCUCCUGUCCGGCCCGCCAUGUCGGUUCCCCGUUCGUGCAAUGCACGGUACAGAGGGACGAACCGCCACCGGUGGCCCCGCGACCAGAGUGCAGCGGCGACGACCAGUGCACGAACGACAAGGCGUGCAUAAAUGGCCAGUGCCUGAACCCGUGCACCGUCGGUACCGGACUCUGCACCCAGAACGCCGAGUGCCGGGUGCAGUUCCACCGGGCGAUCUGUGCGUGCCGCGAGGGCUACACCGGCAACGCGCAGCUGGCGUGCUACGAGAUCGGAUGCCGCAGCGAUAGCGACUGUCCGGUCACGGAGGCGUGCGUCAACCGUGACUGCAUCGACCCGUGCCGGCACACGCAGUGCGGCCAGAAUGCGUACUGCAAGUCGGACUACAACCACAACGCCCGGUGUCACUGCGCCGACAGCUACCGAGGCAACCCCCUCGUGGGCUGCACACGGCCGGAGUGCACCAGCAACGACGAGUGCCCGUACCAUCAGUCGUGCCAGAACGAGCAGUGCCGGGACCCGUGCAACUGUGCCCCGAACGCCCAGUGCCGGGUGGACAACCAUCAGGCGAACUGCCGCUGCCCACCGGGCUACACCGGAGAUCCACUGUUUUCGUGUGAGAAAAUUCCCGAGCGAGAUCCGCCCCAAUGUACGACGGACGCGGAGUGUUCCAGCAAGCUGGCGUGCUUCGGUGGCGUGUGCAAGAAUCCGUGCGCGGAAACAAAACCGUGUGCCGAGCACGCAACCUGCACGGUCCAGGACACGCUUCCGCUGCGCACCAUGUACUGCGUGUGCGAGGAAGGCUACGUGGGCGAUGCCGAAAAGCGGUGCUUGCCGGCCCCCAAGGACACGGCGGGAUGCUACAGUGACGUCGAGUGUGCCCCGAGCGAGUCUUGCCGGUCCGGUGCCUGCGUGGACGUGUGCAGCGCGUACAACCCGUGCGCCCGGACCGCGGAGUGCUUGGCCCAAAGCCAUAAGGCCAUCUGCUCGUGCCCGCUCGGCACGGUCGGCGAUCCGUUCCAGAACUGCUACAAACCGCCGGUGGUGUCGCCCGAGUGCACCGUCGAUGCCGACUGUGCGUCGAGCAUGGCGUGCGUCAACGAGCGGUGCCAGGAUCCGUGCGCCGGCAGCAACCCAUGCCGCGGCAAUGCCGAAUGUCGCGCGGUCUACCAUCGCCCGCACUGCACCUGCCCGGUCGGUUGGGGCGGUGAUCCGAAAACUCAGUGCUACAAACCCGAGUGUACUCACGACGCGGACUGUCCCUUCGACAAGGCGUGCAUCAACGACAAGUGUAUCGAUCCGUGUGCGUACGGUGGCGCCCAGUGUGGCCAGGAUGCGACCUGUGUGGCGCAGAGUCACCGUGCGGUGUGCAUCUGUCCACCGGGCACGCAGGGCAACCCGUUCGUGUCGUGCGUGACGGGCAUGUGCCAGUACAACGAGGACUGUGGCGAACAGGAAGCGUGCGAUCGGUUGAACCGUGUCUGCCGGCCAGUCUGUGACGAGGAAUCGUGCGCCCGCACCGCUCACUGUGUGGCGCGUAACCACCAGGCCAGCUGCGAGUGUUCCCAGGGCAUGCGGGGCAACCCGUACGUGGAGUGCGUGAGCGAUCCCGAGCCACCGCAGCCCGAGUGCCGCAUGGACAGCGAGUGUCGCUCGCAGCAAGCCUGCAUCCGCAACCGGUGCGUGAAUCCGUGCCAGGAGCUAACGCCCUGCACCGGGCAGCACCAGACGUGCAGCGUGAUCGACACGCUGCCCCUGCGCACCAUUAUCUGCGCCUGCCAGACGGACAUGCUGCUGGAGCGAUCCGGUAGCUGCCGGCCGAUCGUUGCGGAAGAGUGUCGCACCGACGGCGAGUGUCCCGAUACAGACCGCUGUUUGCGCGGACAGUGCGUGACGGCGUGCAAGGUCGAUCGGUGCGGUGUGAACGCCCAGUGUACAUCCGGUGGCCACCGGGCGCAGUGUAGUUGCGCGCCCGGAUACGUCGGUAAUGCCCACAUCGAGUGCCAACCGGAGCCACGAGUCGUGCCGGCAAAGGAGUGCACGGUGGACGACGAUUGUACGGCCGAUCGGUCGUGCGUCAACGAGCACUGCGUGAAUCCGUGCGCCGGAGAUGCGUGCGGUCGGGGGGCACUGUGCCGUGUCGAUCGGCACAAGGCCCACUGCAGCUGCCCGGCUGCGUUUACGAUGGACGCCAACGGAAACUGUGUACCACCCGCUGGAGAUCUGCCUCGAUGCCGCACGAACUCGGACUGUACGCGCAGCGAAACGUGCGUCAACGAGUUGUGCGCCAACCCGUGUAACUGUGGCCCGAACGCGGACUGCUUCGUGAAGGACCACUAUCCGGUCUGCAGCUGCCGGCCGGGCUAUUCGGGUCACGCACAGACCGGUUGCUUCAAGCUGGAAUGCGAGAGCGAUGCCAACUGCCCGAACGAGCGCCAGUGCACGAACGGGGCAUGUGUCGACCCGUGCCUGCAGCAGGAUCCUUGCGCGCUGAACGCGGAAUGCUACGGCGAUCGGCACAGGGCCGCUUGUCGGUGUUUGCCGGGGCUGGAAGGAAACCCGUUCGAACGGUGCCGCCGCGUCGAGUGUCACUACGAUGGCGAGUGUGCGAAGAGCCUGGCGUGUCGCCGCGAACAGUGUGUCGAUCCAUGCGCGGCCGAUUCGCCGUGUGCCCAGAAUGCGCAGUGCUUCACCGUGAACCACCAGGCGCAAUGCAAGUGUCCCGAGCACCUACCCGAAGGCAACCCGUACUCGUUCUGCCGCCCGCGAGCCGUCGAAGCGGAUGAGUGCCGACUGGAUGGAGACUGCCCGAGCCGGAUGGCGUGCAUCGGGGGCAAGUGUUUGAACCCCUGCCAGGAACUGAAACCGUGCGCCCCGACCGCACUCUGCACCGUACAGGAUACGGUCCCGGUGCGGACGAUGGUCUGCGAAUGUCCGGCCCAGCACGUGCCGGACGGCCAGGGAGAGUGUCGCCGGGUGGAGCAGCAAACACCGGUCGGAGCUUGCACCAGCGAUUCCGAGUGUUCGGAGCAAGAGGCGUGUAUCAAUCGACUGUGUCGCGAUCCGUGCGCUUGCGGCAGCCACGCGACGUGCGUGAUCAACCACCAUCGGGCCGUGUGCUCGUGCGAGGAAGGCUUCGAGGGCAAUCCGAACGUGGCCUGCCGGGCGAUCGGAUGCCGUGUCGACUCGGAAUGCGAAUCGGCCAAGGCGUGCGUCAACGGUAACUGCGUCAACCCGUGCCUAGAGACCGAUCCGUGCGGCAUCGGAGCGGAGUGCUUCGGACGCGCGAAUCGAGCCGAGUGCCGGUGCCUGAGCGGUUACCGGGGCAACCCGUUGGUGCAGUGCAACGUAGUCGAGUGCCGCAGCAACAACGACUGUCCGGACGAUCGGCAGUGCCGCAACGGGCAGUGCGUAAACCCGUGCAUCUACGAAAACGCUUGCUCCGCGAGGGCAGAAUGCCGGGCCCAGAACCAUCUCGUCGUGUGCCGGUGCCCGGUGGGCCUGGUCGGUAACCCGUACGUCGACUGUCGGCCGGAGAUCGUGCCCGAGUGUCGCUACGAUACCGAAUGCCCGUCGCAUCUGGCCUGCAUCGACAACAAGUGCGUGGAACCGUGUACGUCGCUAACCCCGUGCAAUCAGCCGGCCAAGUGUGAGGUGGUACCUUCGUCACCCGUCCGCACCAUGCUCUGCACCUGCCCGGAAGGGUAUGUGAGCAGCGGCAGCGGCACCUGCAAGCCGGUCGUGAAGGCGGGCUGCAUCUCCGACACGGACUGCUCGAGCGACACGGCGUGCAUCAACAGCAUCUGCCGCAACCCGUGCAACUGUGGGCCGAACGCGCAGUGCCGUGUCAAGGACCACAAGCCGGUCUGCUCGUGCGAGCAGGGCUACGACGGUGACCCGGAGACGCAGUGCGUACGGAUCGAGUGCCGCGCGGACGACGAGUGCUCCGGACAGCACGCCUGCCACAACCGGCAGUGCGUUCCGGCGUGUUCGCUGGAAACGUGUGGCUCGCAGGCCGAAUGUAUCGCCGUCAACCAUCGGGCCGUUUGCGAGUGUCUGCCCGGCUACGAGGGUAACCCGCGCGCGGUCUGCAAGCUGAUCGGGUGCCGGCGCGAUACGGAUUGCCCGCUGGACAAGGCCUGUCUGAACGGACGCUGCGAGAGCCCCUGUGAGGCGCAAGCGGUCUGUGCGCAGAACGAACAGUGCCAAGUGUACCAGCAUCGGCCCGAGUGUGCCUGUCCACCACCGUUCGAGAACGAUCCGCUGCAGGGCUGUGUGCUGCGGGACGACCGCUGUAUGACCGAUGGCGAGUGCCCGUCGCAGACGGCCUGCAUCCAGGGCGAGUGCGUGAACCCGUGCAACGUGACCGAACCGUGCGGCGUAAACUCCCUCUGCAAGGUACUCGACACCCUGCCGGUGCGCACGAUGAUCUGCGAGUGCCUACGGGGAUACCAAGGCAACGCCGCGAUACAAUGCGAUAAAAUGGCCCCCUGUCCCACGGAGCGAGGCUUUGUCCUCAACGCCAACGGUGAGUGCGUAUGUCCUGCCGGAUUCGGACUGUCCACCUACGACGAUUGCCAACCGUGCCGCGAAGAAGACGGCCUGAAGAUCGACGAGACGGGCCGGUGUGUUUGUGCGCUCGAGCGUGGACUCAUCAUCGACGAGCGGGGACGCUGCAUCUGUCCGAUCGAGUACGGUUAUCGGUUGACGGGCCGGGGCGAGUGCGUUCGCAGCGAAAAGCCCGAGUGCGAACACGACGAUCACUGUUCCGACUGGCGGUACUGUAGCCCGGAGAAGACCUGCGAUGAUCCGUGUGCGCGCAAGGUAUGUGGAAAGAAUGCGCUCUGCAACGCCACCAACCACCAGGCGGUAUGUCAGUGCAUCACGGGAUACACCGGAAACCCGGAGGAACAUUGCAACGAAACGACCAAGUUCAGGACGGACUUCCCGCAACCGGAGAUGGUUGUGACGUGUCAGGCCGACGGUGUGCAGGUGGUGAUCGAUUUGGCCGAGUCCUCCUUCAACGGGGUGCUGUACGUGAAGGGCCACAGCAAGGACGAAGAGUGUCGCCGUGUAGUCAACCUGGCCGGCGACACAUCGUCCGCCCGGACGCAGAUCUUUAAGGUGCACUUCGGCAGCUGCGGUCUCAUCCACGUCAACGGGAUCGCGAGCUUCGUGCUCGUCAUCCAGAAGCACCCGAAGCUGGUCACGUACAAGGCGCAAGCGUACCACAUCAAGUGCGUGUACCAGACGGGCGAACAGAACGUGACGCUCGGCUUCAACGUGCAGAUGCUGACGACGGCCGGUACGAUCGCUAACACCGGUCCGCCGCCGACCUGCGCCAUGCGCAUUGUGGCCUUCAACGGCGAGGAGAUCAAUUCGGCCGAAAUCGGUGACAAUCUGCGGCUGCAGGUUGAGGUGCAACCAGCAACCAUCUACGGAGGAUUCGCACGGAGCUGUGUGGCCAAGACGAUGGAGGAGAGUGUCGAGAACGAGUACAUCGUAACGGACGAGGACGGUUGUGCGACGGAUCCGUCGAUUUUCGGCGACUGGGAGUACAACGCCGAGACGAACAGCCUGCUGGCAAGUUUCAACGCGUUCAAGUUCCCGUCGAGCGACAACAUCCGCUUCCAGUGCAACAUCCGUGUGUGUUUCGGCAAGUGCCAACCGGUCAACUGUCACGGGGCCAACGCGUACGGUAAGCGGCGCCGUCGUCGCGCGAUCGCUGGCGAGGCGGCGCACGAUCGCACGAUCGAGCUGGUCUAUAACCGAACCAGGCGCGCUUCGGACGAUACCGCCCUGGCCACCGACGAUGGGCUCGGCAUGGAGGGAACGCUGCGCGAAGAGAUUACGAUCCAAUCGAACGCCAUCCUGACGCUGGAGAAGCGGGAAGAACGAUCGUACGAUUCGAACAACAUCACCCCGGCCGCUCAGCGCGUGGAGGACAUUUGUGUUUCGAUGAUCGGUCUCAUACUGGCGCUCGUUAUUACGGCGCUACUGGCACUGGUUGCCGUAGCGGUGGCCGUCUCGUGCUGGCUAAUGGCCUACCGACGACGACCGACCAUCACCGGUCCAUUACCGCAUCCGCCCGAGUUCCCUAACCCUCUGUUCGCACAUCACGAACCAUCGGAACCAUCACAUCACGAUUUCAUGGGCUAGAGGAAAGGCGAACGAAACGCCGAACGAAGCCCAUGUCGGCGGAGCACUAAACGAAUCGUAUUGUGACAAAUCAAAAGCGAUGAGGAAGGCUUGACAAAAGUGAAAACAUUCAGUUUAUGUGACAAAAAACGAAACAUAAGUAUGAGGAUAUCGUCAACGAGACGUUUUUUAACAAUUGACUAGCACGACGUUAGAUGAACUUUACUACUAACACCCUAAUGAGACAAUCGAAACUAAACCUGCGUCAGAAAGAGAGACGAUAGGCAGAAGGUUGAUAGAAAGGACGGAAAGAUUGAAGAAAGCUGCUGCUGCAGCAGCAGCAGCACUCGCGGAAGGUAGCAAUCAGAAUGUAAAUAACGUAAAAAAAAUUAAACACAAACCCAAAACCACCCCGUCCUUCGGAACAGAAUCACCCACUGGCCGCGGUCGCAAUGCAAGCGGCGUUUUUUUUUUUGGGUGUGCUCAAAGAGCGGAACGAAAGCGAUCAAAAUCGCACGCAGAUCGAACAUUUCGCAAUGAUCGAACCGAUCGAAAACAAAAAGAAACCAGAAACCCUUCGAACGAAUUCGCGAAACACGAAACCAGUGUCCUUUUUUGUAUUAGGUACAUUCUUUGUUAGGAUUAGGUCACGCAGAUAAUUCUUACUAGCAGCUAAGGAAGGUUUUUAUGGAAUGCGAUCGGUCAGCGCGGGCCCGGUGUCUUGGCACGAUCACGGCCCGGUGCCGCCCAUUGAACGUUUGUAUUCCAGGGCUCACCACACCAUCUCCUCCGUCGGUCGUUACUAGUCCUCUAUUUAUUAAUGUUAAUAUGAUGGUUAAAACGGCAACGAACAUUGAGUG